AUGGAACCAAAUUCGUUUUAAAUUCCAUCAAUUUCCAUUCAAUAGGAAAUCGAGGAGACUUCUGAUAUAUAAAAUUAACAUCAAUCUGAAAAUAUGUAUUUUGAGGCAAGUAAAUAUAAAACCAGUCAAACUCAGAGCAUUGUAGCCUAUGAUGUUUGCUAGCAUUUGAGAGCUGCAAACUCAAGUUAUUCUACUAGCACUAAUAACAUAAUCAUCAAUAAAAUUUCUAAGGUAAAAUAUAUUUUAAACCUUUAGUAUAGUGAUCCUGCUUGUAUUAGUCAAAGCAAACUAAAAAUAAGACAAGGUUUAAUUGAAUAUAUUGGAAAGAAUUGGACAAUUAAUGCUAAUGACAACAGAGAUAGUAAUCAAAAUAGUCAGUAGUAAUAACAACAACAAUAAAACUAAAGAAUUCAUGAUGGGUGUAUAUUUGCUUUGGAAAUAGAUUAAAGUGGCACUUAUCUCGCAGUUUCUAAUGAGCAAAGCUAGAUAUUUUUUUGGAAUCUCAGAAAUAAGAAGUUCCUCAAGAGAGUUAAGGAACAUUCAGAAUUUGUGACUAGUCUUUAAUUCUUCCAUCAUUAGCAAAAUAUGUUUUACUCCAGCUCCUUGGACAGGACGAUUAGAUUGUGGAGAGACUAUGAGUCUAUUGACAUUUAUACUGAUCAUUAAGAUUGGAUUCGUACUAUGAGUUUGAGCAACUAAGAUAGACAUUUGAUAUCAGGAUGUGUUUCCUCUCAGAUAUUCUGUUGGGAUCCAUUAACAGGAAAGCCAUUGGUUAAAAUAAACAAUACAAACUAAUAGAUGGUGCAGCAAUAAUCAGAGAGCUAUUUAAAUACUAUAAACUGUCUAUGCUUCGGUAAGAGUAAUGAGGAGGUCUUUGUUGCAGGUUCUAGAGAUGGAAUCGCAAAAAUAUAUGAUUUAAGAUGUAACCCACAUACUUAAGGAGCAUAAAUUACCUUCAGAGCACAUAAUAACAAACUUAAUCAGAUUAUAUUUAGCAAGUAUGAUUCUAUUCUAUUGUCAAGUGGCAGAGAUAAUUCAAUAAGAUUAUGGGAUAUCAGGUUUGUUUAGGAUGGUUAAGCUUAAAUUGAUCCAGCCAAGGAAAACUUUGUUAUGCAAUAUAUAGGCCAUAAAUGCUAGGGCUAUAAUAUUGGAGCUCAUUUCUUUGAUAAUGAAAAUAAGAUUUUAACAGGCAGUGAGGAUGGCUUCGUAUAUUGCUAUGAUAAAAUGUCAGGCCAAAUAUAAAAGAAAAUACAAUGUCAAUCUAAAGUAAUACAUUUAGUAAAGCCAGUCCCCUUUGGAAAUCAACUAGAAUUUAUCUAAACUGGCUUGGAAGAGGGCACACUUGUCAAUUUAUGGGGUAUUAGCCAGAAUAAGAUUUAGGAAAAAGCUAAACUCAAGAACUAAGAUUAUAAUACAAAUCAAGAGGCAACUAAGAUUAAAACCCUUAAAGAUGCUCUUGCUUCUAACAUUUUUAGUGGACCCUAAAUAUUUAAUCAAUCAUAAGUAAGCAAUGAUGGAUUUAAUAGUAUCAGCAGUGAUAAUGAAGAUGGUUUAAAUAGCUCUCUCCCUAAUAAUGAUGAAUUUAGAACACUUGAUGAAACUGAUGAAGAUUUUAGAUCUCAAAUAUAUCUCUGCAUAAUUGAGGAAAUUAUGCAAGAGUAUGGCGAUUUGAUAUUGAAGGUGUUUCAUAAGCAUAAUUUUACUUAUUGCACAACUAUGGACUGGCAAGCAUUGAUUUAGACUAUUGAAGAGUAAGAAGAUUAAGAGUCUUAGGAUUUACUUAAGAUUCUCAAUGAAUAGCUUGUGAAGAAAAUAAUCAGUGUUUACAAUGAAUUUAUAUUCAACCCGCAGGCAGUUAAAGACAAAUACUUGUUUAAACAUUCAAAUAAUAAAGAUGAAGGUAAACCUAAGAGAGAAACCAUAAUCAUCAAGCACUAAUGUUCUUAAUGUGAGGUAGGCGCUAAUGAUGGGUAAAUAUUAAGCCCUGAUGUAGCCCUAGGGAAAAAAGAGAAAAAUAAUCAUUCUGCAAUUAAAGGUAUAUUAAAUAAGCUAUUUGGGAACUUCAAUAUGUAUGAUUAGAGAGAGGACUCUUAGAUAGAGAAGAAGAAAAUACAAAGAGAGAUAUUAUCGAAUUUUCCAAGUGAAGGUGCUUUAACUGCUUUUCAUCCAUAAUAUGACAUUGAGAUUCAUACUUUUGAUAAUGAGUCUAAUGAUGAACAUUUUAAUUAAAAAGAGGAGAGUAAGAUAGAAGAGGGGGAGAAAUUUUAAGAAAUGCCUAAACAAUUAAUUAAAGGUCCUUAUGAAUUAAAAAUUCUAAGGAACUUUACUAUAGAUGAGUAAAAGAGAAAGAGACUUAUUGCUUUCUCAGCCUUUUAACUUUGA